GAAACUUUGACAUUUUGUUUUGAUUGCUUGCGUUACAGCUAUUGAUGCUGCAAUGUUUUUGUCGUUUUUGUGUUAUGUUGAGUUUAAAGUUGUUUACUUCUUAUUAAAUUUAAUGAAAAUGGACGAGGGAGAUAAUUUGAAUUUAUCAGUAUCAUACAUGCUAAGUGUUUCCAGGAUUGCAGAAUCUUGUACAGGUAAAGAAAUGAAAGAUGGUUUCAAGUUACCUAAGUGGAUGCUAAGACAGCGUAAAAAAUUCUGGGAUUCUAUCAAUUCAAAAUACUCUGUUUUUGAAGAUGAUACUUGUGAAGCUGUGUUUGAAAUUGAUAUGAGUAGAGAACUGACAGACCAUGAUCCAGUAAAGCAUGCAACGUGUUACAAAAGUAAACUGAGGAACUUCACAGAACCAUUGCAACCAUCUUUCAAGAAAAGAAAAUGUUCAGAAGAUUAUCCAGUAAAGCAUGCAACGUGUUACGAAAGUAAACUGAGGAAUUUCACAGAACCCUUGCAGCCAUCUUUCAAGAAAAGAAAAUGUUCAGAAGAUGAGCUGCAGCUGGCAGAUUUGUGCGUGGGAAACGAACAGCAGGUUCCAGACAUAGAUGUAAACGGAUGGUCUGAGAUUCUCCAGGGUGACACAGAACUGUGUGGUGAGGGAGGAAGUGGCAAACAUUUCUGGGAGGAGCUACAGAGCAAUGGCGAGGCAGAGAUCUUGGCCGGCAGUUUAAAGUCGAAGCUGAAGGGCCGUGAUGAUUCGUUGAAGAACUGUGAUGACAAAUGUGUUGAAGUACUUCAAGGUUCAGGCAAAGAAGACUGUGAGACAUUCAGUUAUAUUACUACUUCACCACAUUCUUUACAGAUGAAAUGUACCAGAGGAAAAAUAAGAAAUAGCCAGACUCAUUUAAUAAGCAGUUUUACAAAAUGUAAUGACUUCUGCAGUGAAAUAAUUGAAAAUGUUUGUACAGAUGAGAAAAACAAGAAAGGAAAUUCAACUGAUGGAGUUCUGUGCAAGCAGAAACAAAAUGCACAUGUUUACAAAACUUUGGCAACAGUACCUUCUUUGGAAGCUAACAAUAAAUUCAUUCCAUGUAAUACUGCUGAAGUGGUUCCAGGUACAGCAAGUGAGUUAAAAGUAGCAAUUGAAAGAGUUUUAGAAAAUAUUUCUAUAAAAGAGUUGAAAAUGUUGAAAACAAACAUAGAAAAAUGGAGACCUCUAAUUGUUUUGCAUAAAUGUGAUCACGUGUCAUCUGCUUCAAAAAAUUUGCAUAAAUUCAGUGAAGAGAAAGUUGCAGAACAUUGCACAUCAGAAGCUAGUGAUACUGUUCAAAGAGAAUGUGGAAAUGAUUCUUUAUUGAAUCAGGAAUCACAAGUAGAUGCAGUUGUGAAAGACACUAGUGCAGCCAGUAAUCAACAGCAGAUGAACCAUAAAGUACCUGUCUAUAGUAGCAGCGCUGCAAGUUUCACCAAUGGAAACUCCGGUGAAAAUGAGGGUUUGAUUGCCUACGGUGAGCCAAGUAGAGCAAAAGAUGUGGACUCUUGGACAAAAUUAAAUGGAAGUGAUCCCCAUAACCUCCAGCAGAGUUUGACUGGGUCUGUCAGUUAUCACCAUGAAGAUGUCAGAAAAGAAGUUUAUCAAAAGAAAAGUACAAAAAUGCAUUCCAGGAUACAAUUCUUGAAAUCAACAAAUGCCGCAAGCAGUAUGAAUAUUACGGGUGGUUCAAACAAAGAUGAAGUGGAAGCAUUACAGAUGAGACACAAACCAAUGAUUCCAUACAAAAAUAACACAAAUGUUUGUAGUGUUACAUUUAAAAGUGCAUUUUCAAAAUCAAGUGGAGCAAAUGUAACUAUUCCUGGAAAUGAAUUUUUUGUCGCUAAAAGUAAUGCUGGAAGCAAAUUUACUGAUAAGGUAUAUUCCUCUGCAUGUUUUGAGGAGAAAAAUGUGAAAACUCAUAAAAUCAGCAAAGAAAAUAUAAAUCCUCUGUCUUCUUUGCAGUGCUCAAAAUUUGUCAAUAGUGCUAAAUGUGUAAGUAGUAAUGAUCAUAAAACUAAAACCUUAGCAUCCUUGAAAAACUCUGUGCUAGGUCCAGAAAUUGGUGAUGGGAUUUCUAGUAAAAUCUUUACAAGUAACAAAGUGAUGAAAGCAAAAAAUUUCACUUGUACUAAGCAAAAAGAGGAAAGAGUCUCUUUUAGUGUAGAUAAUUCACUUAAUAUUAAAAUGGGUUGCCUUGUUGAGAAAAGCAAAAACCAGUUAGAAAACAACAUAAAAGAAAAAAUGUCAUAUCAAUGUGAUCAAACAACUAGGGAUAGUAUGGUCAAGUUUAAAAAGGAACAUUGCAAAGAAGUUGUACAAAAGUCACCACAUCAUAAUGUUAGUGAAGCAGACUUUAUUUUCAACCAUAAUUAUCAGAAUCAAAACAAAAAAUACUUAAAUAAAAUAUCUUCUAAUAGCCAAUUCCAAGUAGCACAUGAAUCUUUCGAACUCAAAAGUGACAAAAGAAAUAAUAAAAAAAAUAAAGCCAAAAAAAGUAUACCAUUCUGCAUGAAAAUUGUUGAAACCUCUAAGGAUGUACGAGCCUGUACAUUUGAUUUCAGUUAAAGCAAAGAAUGAGACAGGAAUUUAGUCAGUAUAAUGAAUACUGCAUAAUUGUAUCUGUCACUUAAGGCUAAUGAAAUCCUGAAGAGUAACAACUGCAGUUUGAAAUUCAUGUCAUGUGUUUAUUUGCUUUUAGUGUUUUGUUUAUAGUUGCUUUGUAGGUGCCAUGAUGUUAUGACCUGUUAUUAGAUUGUAAUGUUUUCUUAAGAAACUAACAUGAUUAAUUUUAAGUGUAUUUACUAUAUAUUUUAAUUUAUUUUUGAUAGCUGUACAUAGGGGUGGAUUUAAAAACAGUGAAUGUUCUGUCCCACAAUAUGUGGUCAUUGAUGAUUCAUCUGUGAAACAAAGUGAUCUGUUUUAAAUUUUAGUGUAGAUUAUUCAAUUUUUAUUUGAAUUAAAUCAGAUUCAAUACUUUUUUAUUAAUAUACGUACUUAGAUAGGUAUUAUAAACUAUUUUUUUUAUCUAAAAAAUUAAGUUACAAAUUGUCAUCAUUCCUUUACAAGUACAAAUACUAGUAACAGCUUGUAAAGAUAGGGCAGUAUAAUUUCAGUUGAAUACCUGAGAACCCCAAAAUUAAUUAUGUGUGCUAUGAGAUUUCUGUUGGCCAAUAAAACUAAAAUGAUUGAUUUUUAUGUCAAAAAAUGUAUAAAUUAAAGUAGUGUCAGUUAUGUUACAUAACCAGGGUGUACACAUUCUGGAAAGUCAGGGAAUAUCAGGGAAGUUAGAAUUGGUCAGGUAAUUCACUUGAAACCCUGGAAAAGUCAUGGAAAUCCCCCAUUGACAGUAAUUUCAAGGGGAAAUGUCAUCCCCCAGUCUGCCAUCACCCAGCUUAUGAAAGCUUUUUUUUUUUAUGAAUUUGGUUUAAUUAUAAAGAUAACAUAUUACUGAUCACAUGUGACAUAUUAAUGUUUUAUAAUACUUAUUUUACCAAAACAGUGUUAUUUUGACUGAUUGAUAGUGUAUUCCUGAAAACAAAAAUUAAUCUGUAAGUAUGGGUGUGGAAAAUGUACCAAUGUCAUAUAAAAAUUAGUUACUAAUAACAGUUGUAACAUAAAAAAAAGAGUAGGUAUAAUAAAGUUUUCCUAUCUACUUGGUACAUACAUUUUUGUAAAAAUGUCAUGCUGAAUUAUUACAUUAAUUGAAUUUAUUAUAUUAAAUAUUACUUUUUGUGAUAGAAAUUAAGUUUUGAUUUAAAAAGCUGAUUAAUUUCAUGAUAGUAGUUGCAUUUCAGUGCCGUAUGGUCUAUUAACGUACAUUUUGGUGUUACAUGUGGUAUUGUUUGGCAUUUUGGUUUUAUUGCAAUUCACAAUAAUAUCUUGUGGCUACUGAUCAGUGGGGGCUGAAAAAUUAGCAUCUUGUUUUUUCUUUCUAAUUUGCACUUAAGAUGCUAUUUUUUGCUAAUUUACAACAUAAAUUCUGUUUUAACUAAUUUUAUAAAUGAAUGUUUGUUUUUUCCUUCAGAUAAAUUGGUUUAAAAUAGAAUUAAAUUAUAAAAAUAUCCUUAAUAAAAUGACUUAACUGCUACAUAUUUUUUGAAAGUGUCAAAUCACAUUUAGAAGAUUCAACCCAGUAUUGCAGACUUCCAAUGACCUGACUCACCUUAUAUUCACACAUUUCUUUUUGUCUAGGACACGUGUACAUGUAUAAUUAAAUUAUUUAAAUCUAUGUCGCUAAGUCUUAUCAGCACUUCGGAUAACACACAAACACAACACGUCUACCAUAUUUGGCGUAGAGCUUCUCAUCUCGGAUAAAUAAAGGUGUAUGGUUGGCCAAUAAGAUGAAAACAAAACAGGCCGCACACUCUUGCAUUUUGCUUCAGCGGAAGUGUAAAGUAAACUACAGCAUGACCACAGCAGUACUAUAGUACUUGGUGUUGUCCAAAUGUCACACUUGACCUAUGCGGUGAUUUCCUGGUAAUUGUUUUUUACACAAUUUUUCAUGAUCAGCAUGUCUCGUGAUAUUGAUGUGCCUCUGUGAUGCAGCCAAGUUACAUGUUUCUGAAAUAACUUCAAAAUAUAAGCCCCACUAAAUUAAUCCAGUUUAUUUGUGUGUUAUUCUAUGAAUUAAACCCACGACUGAAUGCUAGGAUAAAUAAGUUGCAUUAAAAACGAUUUCACAAUAAUAGAUGUUAAUUGAUAAAAUAAUAGUCGCUGAUGUUUCCAGCUCCUGCUGCUAUGCAGCAAGACAUACAAUUUACAGAAUUCCUCACUAUGAGAUCAAGGCCUUCCUCUGGGCCGGCUUCUUACGCGUACCCAAUGUCAGAUGUAAAAUCAAAUUAAAACAUAAUUGUGAUUUGCAAAACAUUCCAUGCUUGAUAAGAAUGGUACAAAAAUGUAUCAGAGUAAUAGUUCUUUAAUCCGGCACAUGUGGGACCAUGACAAUGCUGUAUUGUAUUAGUUAUUUUUCAGGAUAAUUGAACGUAAAAAAAAAAUCAUAGUUUUAAUGUGAAUUUAAAAAAAAUGUUCUGUACAUUGAUUCCAAAAAAAAAUGUUUUAUAAGAUGCUCUAUGGUAGUAAGCUCUAAAUACACAAUUGUAAUAUUGUGCAAACGUGAUUUGUAACCCGGUGAUAAGCAUGAAUCCACCAGAAAAAUCUGAACCAGAGCACUUGAUCUGUGCUGUAUUCUAGAGACAAUAUUAUAUACAUAGUUUAAUUUUCAGGCCAAUUUUGUCUUUAAAACAGGAGAUUUCUGUGUUAUUGUGUUUGUUUUUUUUAUGAAUUCUGUUUAUUCAUAAAGCUACCAUAUUAUUCAACAGAUAUUAUGUUUAAUGUUUCAUGGUACACCUAUCCCUCACUUAGCACAAUUUGUUUCUAAAAAUACUCGUGUUAUUCAAAAUCACGUAUUCUGAAGCAUUAGUUUCCAUAAAUAGCAAGGCUAAUUUAUUUAAUGUGUUCCAAAAUUGUGUAGGAAAAUAUACUUUACGUAAUAUAAAUCCGUUGAAUAACACUCAAAUAUAAAUAUGUUACAACAUUUAUCUUUAUAUGCUUCCCAUCGCACUUUGUAUUACACAUACGACACAGCUUAACGGGAGAUACGUGGUUAUGUACUUUAUCGUCAGUCAGCUAGCUGACUUGCCCGCCUGGGCGUGACCUUCAACUCACGACGCGUACCUUUCCAAACCAUCCUUUACUGACAGUGAAACUGAUAUUACUGUUCGGAUAAUUACAUUUAAACUUUCAAAAAUUGAAGUGCUUAUUCGCGUAUCACCACCUGGUUCACACCAAUCCUGUCAGGCCAAUGAUUAUUUUUUUCAUUGCAACAUUCAUUUAACAACCUUUUCCACGUGAAUCAUCUGUUCAUUUCUGUUCCGGUAUCUAAUGUCCAAUAUGUUCCUGCUAGUACAACCAACAGCAUCAGACUUAUGUAAACUUUUCAAGAAUCCUUAUUUCGUAGGAUUGUGCGCACAGUUGACUUGCUUAAAACUAAAGUGCGACCAACAUAAGCAUGGUCUUCAUGACAAUCUGCGUGCUGUAAUACUUCUAGUUUUGUCUCAAAUACUUGAACACGAUUCAUUAUGAGUGAUCAAGCAUGAACAUUUACUGGCAGCUGAAUGGGCAGACGUUGCUUUUGUCUGAGUGAAUUCCUUGCCACUGGCUAGACUGAGUUCACGGCCCGGUUAGUGGUCAGGCGACAAUGGUACGGCACUGCGGCAUACGCGCGAACGUAAAAACAUUUCGUCCUAAACACUCCAUAGCAGCAAUUUAACUUGCCAUAGCUGAUGUUUGUAACAGCCAGCCGAUAGCUUAGACAGACCUGCACGCGCAUCUCUUCCCCCCUUGUUUGGCUAAGUGUAUCCCACGGCACAUCUGUUGUUUACAGAAGUUGAAACAGACUUCGUGGCGUCAUGCUCAACUUUUUUUUUUCCUGCAGAGAUUUUGUGCUAACUGAAAUUUACAUACGUGCUAUUCAAGACUGGGGCAGUAAAAUUCACAUCGUGCUAAAUGAAUCCGCGCAAUCUGAAGAUGUGCUAAGUGAGGAUAGGUGUACGUAUUUCAUCAAACAGUUUCAUUUUGACUGAUACAUUUUACACUUUACAAUAUAAUAACUUUUAAUAAGCAUGUCUUAACUACCCAGAACAAUAAAAAUUAAUCGUCAGAUAUUUGUGUUUUUUUAAGAAUGUACCAAUGCUGUAAUGUAAAGAUGAGUUACUAGAUGCAAGAACAAAAAUAGUAAAAAAAAUCCAAUAUACCUAUAUAGGACUUACUUUUUGGUACAUACUACAUGCUAAAUGAAUUAUAUUCUUUGAAUUGAUUAUAUUAUAAGAUUAUGUUUUUGUAAUUUGAGUUAUUUUUGAUUAAAAAUACUGAUGAAUUAUAUUAGUUGCAUUUUGAUAAUUUAUGGUAUAUUAACUUGCAUUUUGAUGUUAUAUGGUUAUUGACAUACUUUUGUGUGUUUUUUGGGUUCUAUUGCAAUUCACCAUAUAAUAUGGUCCUUAAGUAUUACAGAAUGUGCCAAACUGAAGAGUGCUGAAUGUAACAAUUAAAACCACCUUAAUUAUUAAUUAGGCCAGACAUGCAGGUACAAGUAAAAUAAACUUAUAAGCAGCACAGAACAUGACCUCAGUAUUAUAUAUGAGUCUUGUGUGCCCAAUGUUAUUACAGAAUGUGUAUCUUUCUGCUCUUCUUCAUUCACACUAACGGUUGUCUUCUAUGCUUCGAUUUUAUUUUCUUCUUCUGAUCUUCAUCCUAGCAGGCUGGUUGCCACAAUAGUUAACAUCAUUCUUCUCCAUUUGACUUCAUCUUGUGCUCUUCUCUUCAUUCGUGUGUCAAAUCUGUUUAUCGCUGCUCAGCCAACAUCUUUCCUUCUACUGUGACUCCAUAAUGGGAAUCAGAAAGUAGUUCUGUUGGAGUUGACCAUACAUCCUUUCCUUUUUUUUAUUUUUGGGAGCUCCUUCCACAGACUUCUCUCAUCUCCAGCCCUCACAAACACAGCCUCAUUUGUUGCACUCUUUGACCAGCAUUCUCCUAUAGUAUGUCAAGCAUUCUCCUAUAGCACCAGGCUUCAGAAACUUUCAUCUUCCUUUUCCAUGCAGCAUUGACGGUCCAAGUUUCACUACCGUGAUGUAAUACAAUCCAUUUGUAAAUUUUUAGUUGUCUACAAUUGUUUACAGGUCUUAGGGCAUUAAUUACUGAAAGAAAACAGUACAACAAUUUAAGUGAUGUUUCAGUUCAAAGUCAGUAUGCUGUCACUUAGUUAUACUAUUGAUGUAUUAACUACAUAUGUGAUGUUAUGAUUGGUUUUAUUUACACACGUGAUACAACACGGAUACUUGAUUGAUGUUGAAAUCAGUGCACGAGCUGAAUGGUGUGUAUUCCAGGGUAUUUGACACUGUUGUCAUGAGUGAUUACAUUACAUUAUGGUAGAACAGAACUACACGAGGAGUCACAUAGCUAUUGCUUAGCUACGUCCAUUGGGCUGACUACUUGGAUACAUAGUUGCUGGCUAAUGACAAAUGAUUAGUCCAUAUUACUUGAGAAGUUCCAUAACUGAUUCCUCCACAGGAUACACUAAACUAACACAAAAGUAUGAGCCAGGUGGGUAAAUACACAAAGAUUACCAAGUGGUUAUAAAGUUGCUUGGUUAAUAACACAUAAAAACCAGAAUUAAUUAUAAUGACUUGUCGGGUGUGCUCGUGAGUAACAUCUCACUACAGCAAAGCGACAAAACGGUACCAAGACCAAAUUCCAGCUUAGGUUGAGGUCCAUGAGACAUCCCAUGUUCAGGCAGUAACUUACAUAAAAGUGAUUCUAAACCACUGUUGGGUAUGUUAUUAAGCUGAGCGCCUGGUGUAUGAAAACUGUUAAAUCAACUACGAGGGAUGUUUAAACUUUCUAUGUAAAUUUUUGUGAUUUUUAGUCUGGGCAUGAUUCACGGCCCACUGGGCACCAGUUAGGUGAAAUGUGUACCAUAAGUUGGGGUUACUUUGCUCCAGAAUUUCCCUUUAGAAAGUUUAAUGUCAAUUGGAUUAAAAAUGGAUAGUGGAAUAAUUUUUUAACUCUUAUAAUCUAAGCAUACAAAGUCAACUCUUGUUGUAUCUUAAAUGAAUAAAUUUUAUGCCCAUAGGUUAAUUAAAUACACCAUUUAACAUUUUGGGGAAAUGUUUCCUCAUAGGGCAAGAAUACUUUGCCCCAAACACUUUUUACAUGUGAAUUCAUAUUCAGGAGAAAAGUUGGAACACAAUAGGGGUCUGAAUACUCCAUUAACUUAAGCAUUAAACAGAUUAUGUAGUAAUCACUAACAGAAAUCUUUGCAUUUAAUAGAUGAAUGUCAUUUACAAAACUGACAAAAUAGUGUCAUUAUUUUACAUCAUUUUUGCCAAGUGAAUAAAAUUAACAUUAUUUUACAUUCCUAGUAUCAUUUUAGACCUAUAUAUAUCACCUAAAAGCCAUUUAAAAAAAUUGACAAUAAAAAUACUGGGUUUCUAGAAGAGUCAAUGCUUCGUUUUGUAUAAAAAAACAUAGUGUGUGCGUUACAUCCACCAAGCUGAGUCCAACUCACGAACUGAAAAAAACCGUCGGCUUGAGAUCAACUUAGGUGGUGAUAUGCUGCCAAAGAUAUCUUCCCAAUUGUAGAACAAUUCAUCUGUGUCUUUGGGCCACUUCCAUGAUUUGCAUGAACGUUUCAGUGCACUGACCGGGGCGCUAUCAUUGUUGCAAUAAGUGAUCAUACAUGGGAAAAUCUCUCCCUCAUAGAUGAAAACAACAUAUUCUCCCACUUUCCUCUCUAGUGGCUGGAGAGACAAAAGGUCUCGAGGGUUUUUUUACCAGAUGCCACAGCAACAGCUUGAUCGUCCAGUUCUAAUUCUUUAUCGUCAUCAUUAAUGAUGUGUUGUAAAUCAUUCUCAUCACUCAAAUCUUUUACUAGUUGUUCUUCAUGCACAUCACUGCUACUGUCAUUGCUAGCAUUUCUCCUAUUCUUUGUUUUUUUAGACAUACCUUCUUCAGAGACAUUUAUUUCACUGGUAACACUUUGGCCUGGUAUAGUGUUAAGUUUUCUUCUUUUUCUUGAACCAGAGGGGCUGGUCCAUUUCACUCUCUUGUAAGCUAAACUUUCUAGAAAAGAUGUCUACAUUGCAUUCAGUAUGUUUUGGUAUGCGAGACAGAAGUUCAUCUACACUAAGCGGAACGAUGCCACAUUUCCGAAACCCUGCCUGGAGGUUUGCUGGAGUUGAGCUAGCCAAAGUAUCCAUAAGUCGCUUUAGAAGUGUGGGGAAAUGUUGUUUCUGCAACACUGCAUCAUUUCUUCCUUCAGGACUUUCCUUCCACUCCCUCAAGAUGUGUCUCCAAGCAACUUUCAUGGGGUGAAAGAAUGCCACAUCGAGGGGCUGAGUCAAGUGGGUACUAUUUGUUGGGAGACAAACGAGACUCACAUUGUUCUCUUUGUAAAGAUUCAGUACGUUCACAGAAAAAUGGGAAGAAAGGUUGUCGCAAAUUAUCACCUUUUUUCCAGGUAGUUUCUUUAUUACAGGUAACAUGAGAGAUUCAAACCAGUCAGAAAAGGUAUUGGCAUCAAACCAUCCACUUUUUGUGCUGUUGUAUCGACAGUCUUUAAGUCCAUUUUCAGUCCAUGUUGACCACAUGUGUAUUGAGCGAUAUACUACGUAGGGAGGGAGAAUAUCACCUGCAGCACUACCAGCAAUAAUAAUUGAUAUGCUGGUUUUUGAUGAAUUGCAAAUUUUUUCAGGGUAUUUCACACCACACUUCACUAUAACCUUUUUUCGUCCAGGAUCAUCUGUCAAAUUUUAUUCAUCUAUGUUCCAAAUAUUCUGUGGGGGUACAUUCUUCACUACACUAUCCAAAUUAUGAACAUAUUCUCGCAGAGUCUGUUCAUUUAUUGCUGCUCGAGCUCUGUUAAUAUUGGAUGCAAAGCGAACAGACAGCUCAGGAUGGCGUUUCAGAAAACCCAAUAACCACUCAUGGCCUUUAAAUCUCUUCACUUGUCUCCCAAUUCUGUUGAGAUAACUUCUUACGAUGACACGAAGGUCAAACUCAUCCAAAGGAAAACCAAAGUCGCUCAUCUGCUGGAUACAUUCAGCGAAAGAUUUUUCCUCUUCUUCUGUAAAUAUUGGAGGUAUACCUGGUUUCUUUGAGUGGUAAUUUUUGAGUUUGUUCAAAAUUGUCCUCGGAAUUUUGAACAUCUCUUCUGCUUUUCUGUGCGUGAUUGAUCCACUUCGUACAGCAGCCAAACACAUUUUCAAUUGUUCCUGGGAAUAAUCUGCAUAUUUGCGGGCUCCGACUUUUAUUUUAUAUGCCCGCGGCAUUUCUGCAAUGGAAAUGGUCAAAUGUGAGAGAGAUACAGCUUCAAACAAUAUACGAUUAAUUAAAUUUUAGCAAUGGGGUAACUUUGCCCCACAAAUGCUGGGGUAAAGUUACCCCAUAUAAGCAUAACUAUAACCUCAUUCAACUAUUUUUCAGAUUACAUCAAAGCUAUUUAAAAAAAACAUUCCUUUUAAAGAUAAAAUGUGCGAAAUAAAUAGUGAAGAAUGAAAGCAGGUACUAACCUGCUUAUGAUGAUUGCUGCUGAUUCGAGCACUUAAUUCUUUCUAGCAAAAUAUUGGAGGUAAAACUUUACAAAGUUGUCAUAGAUGUUUCAUACAAACAAAUGAGUAAUGAAUCUUGGAAUUCAAUGUUAAAGAAUUUGCUAUGAGACUAACAAAAUAAUAAAUAAAUACCCAUUCCUCUAAAAUUAUACUUGUAUGAAGUAUAGCAUCAAAGAAAAACUAAGAUUUUGGAGCAAAGUAUCUCUUGUAGGAGCAAAGUAACCCCAACUUACAGUACCGGUAUCGUUUUUAUUUGAGGCCUAGGAACUUUCGGAGCCCAUUCUUUUUAUUUAUUUUAUUUAUUUAUUUAUUUUCAUAUCCUUUGACCCCAUUUCUGGGGUAUGAUACAUGUCAAGUACAUAUAGGAAAAAAAAAAAUAUAUAUAUAUAUAUACAUAUAAAGUUUCACAAAAAAAAAUAAAAUAUACAAUUUCACAAAAAACAAAAGCACAAAAUAUAUAAUUUCACAAAAAACAAAAACAUACAAUUUCACAUAAAAAAAAUAUAAUAAUAAUAUACAAUUACAUUUUACUUA